AUGCUGAGUACCCUUAUGAGAUGGACUUGUGAGUUCACCAGAAAAUCUCCAAGAUUGGUGCUUUUCCAACCAGUAAGACAUCGUUUCGGGUCAAACAAAAGAGAGAAAUAUCGGCGACGCAUUGAUGAAUUUAAAGAGAAGAUAGAACAAUCGAAAAAGAAAUUACCUUAUCAGGAAGAUGUGAUUCCUCUCCGUCCACCAAGAGAUUUAUGGAAAGCAUUCGGAUUUACUGCUGGAGUUGGAGCUGUGUCAUUUGCGCUCGCUGCAGUAUGUGAUCUUGAAAGAUCCAAUAACAGGUGGCGUGAAAUCUACGAAGUGGUUACUGUUAGGUAUAAUGAAGCCAAAAAUCAUUUCUCCAAAUAUCGUCGACUUCGAGAUGGUGUGAAGUGCACUUUUAUGCUCAUUGGUAUAAACAUGAUAGUGAUGCUGAUGUGGGGAAUUAAACGGUGGCAGCUAUUUAUGUGGAGAUGGUUCACAAAUAGUUUUGCUUCGAAAGCUUUGUGUCUUCCAAUGGUAUUAAGUGCUUUCUCUCAUGCUAAUAUGCUUCAUCUUGUGCUGAACAUGUACGUGCUCAAUACAUUUGCCCCUGUUUCCAUUGACUGUUUUCUUGGAAUUGAACAGUUUUGGGCCUUCUACAUAACAGCCGCUGCAGUAUCGUCUUUAGCAGGAAUAACGCAUAAAUGUAUAAUAAGAACGAAUCGACGAGCUCUUGGAGCUAGUGGUGCGAUAAUGGCGUUAUUAGUAUACACAUGCAUAAAAUUGCCAGAUGCAAGGUUAAAAAUUGUUUUUGUGCCACAUUUUGAUUUCUCGGCGAAAUCAGCUGUGAUAGGAAUGAUUGCUUUUGACUUUAUUUGUUUGCUACUCGGCUUCAAAUUGUUCGAUCAUGCAGCACAUUUAGGAGGAUCGCUGUUUGGAUUAUUCUAUGGUACAUAUGGUCAGCAUCUUAUUUGGAAAAAAUAUGGCGACAAGGUCCUUAAACUAUGUGGUAUAAACGCAGAGAAGAGGCGAGCCGUGAAGAGAGCACGACGAGGUCGAAGUGCUCCACCUCGUCAUUCUUGA